AUGGGCACUGUUCAAGAAGCUAUUCACCAUGGCAUGAUUGCCGCGGAUUUUCUUUGGACCACUAAACGAGUUGUCCAGGCUAUCGAGCUGUGGAACGAGUGCUUAACACUACUAAACAAAAAAAUCUUAGAAAACGAACAUCAACUUGCCACAAUAGUGCGUAUAGUGCUGAACAAGAGGCUGUUUUAUGGAAAUGCUGCUAUUACGAAACUUUCACCAGCUAUAGAAUCUGGCAAAAAGCUUUUAGUCCUACUUCGUAAUCUUAGGAGAAAAAAAGAAGAAGGUUACACAGCCUUGAUGUUAUCAAAACUGUACUUCCAAAAAAAUGAAUACCAGGAAGCACAAGCAGUCCUCAAAAUUGCACUCUGCGUUUACAAAGAAAUCGAAGACGAAGACGGAGAAGCAACAUGCUACGUAAUCCUAGGAGCUGUGUUUCUAUCUGUCGGAGAAUAUGCCAAGGCUGAAGAAUAUCUUCAUAAAGCACUUACCAUCAACACAGAAAUUGGCGACAGAAACGGAGAAGCGACAUGCUACGGAAACCUAGGAAAUGUGUUUGAAUCUGUCGGAGAAUAUGCCAAGGCUGAAGAAUAUCUUCAUAAAGCACUUACCAUCAACACAGAAAUUGGCGACAGAAAGGGAGAAGCGACAUGCUACGGAAACCUAGGAAAUGUGUUUGAAUCUGUCGGAGAAUAUGCCAAGGCUGAAGAAUAUCUUCAUAAAGCACUUACCAUCAACACAGAAAUUCGCGACAGAAAGGGAGAAGCGACAUGCUACGUAAACCUAGGAGCUGUGUUUCUAUCUGUCGGAGAAUAUGCCAAGGCUGAAGAAUAUCUUCAUAAAGCACUUACCAUCAAGACAGAAAUUGGCGACAGAAACGGAGAAGCGGCAUGCUACGGAAACCUAGGAAAUGUGUUUGAAUCUGUCGGAGAAUAUGCCAAGGCUGAAGAAUAUCUUCAUAAAGCACUUACCAUCAAGACAGAAAUUGGCGACAGAAACGGAGAAGCGACAUGCUACGCAAGCCUAGGAAAUGUGUUUGAAUCUGUCGGAGAAUAUGCCAAGGCUGAAGAAUAUCUUCAUAAAGCACUUACCAUCAAGACAGAAAUUGGCGACAGAAACGGAGAAGCGACAUGCUACGCAAGCCUAGGAAAUGUGUUUCAAUCUGUCGGAGAAUAUGCCAAGGCUGAAGAACAUCUUAAUAAAGCACUUACCAUCAACACAGAAAUUGGCGACAGAAACGGAGAAGCGGCAUGCUACGUAAACCUAGGAGCUGUGUUUCAAUCUGUCGGAGAAUAUGCCAAGGCUGAAGAAUAUCUUCAUAAAGCACUUACCAUCAACACAGAAAUUGGCGACAGAAAGGGAGAAGCGACAUGCUACGUAAACCUAGGAGCUGUGUUUAAAUCUGUCGGAGAAUAUGCCAAGGCUGAAGAAUAUCUUCAUAAAGCACUUACCAUCAAGACAGAAAUUGGCGACAGAAAGGGAGAAGCGGCAUGCUACGGAAACCUAGGAGCUGUGUUUAAAUCUGUCGGAGAAUAUGCCAAGGCUGAAGAAUAUCUUCAUAAAGCACUUACCAUCAACACAGAAAUUGGCGACAGAGAGGGAGAAGCGCGUUGCUACGGAAACCUAGGAGCUCUGUAUGUACAUGUAGGAGAAUAUGGCAAGGCUGAAGAAAAUCGUCAUACAGCACUUACCACCAACACAGAAAUUGGCGACAAAGACGGAGAAGCGUCUCGCUACCUAAAGCUAAGAAACACAUCUCAAGCCUUAUCGGAUCUCUGGUCAAGCAUUCAAAUUUACGAAAAAAUGCUUACUUCUCUAGGAAGCAAAGAUAGCCACAAUAUAUCAUUUUUUGACAAGAACGCGUCUCGCUAUCGGCUGUUUUGUUCAUUGAGUUGUUCUUGUGGGAAACCCUAUGAAGCAAAGAUAGCCACAAUAUAUCAUUUUUACACGCUGCUGAACUUGGACGGGCCAGAGCUCUAGCAGAACUUAUGUCAAAUCGCUACUCCAUUGAAAAAGAAAUAUCCAUCAACCCACAAUCGUUUGUUGGCAUCGCGGAAGUAAUUAAGAAAAAUGGCAACAGCACCUACCUCUACAUCUCCUAUGACUACGAUGACAAUAUAUUUUUGUGGGUUUUGAAACAAAACAAACCGGUAGCUUUCCGAAGAACGAAACUUUGUGAAAGCUAUGUUAGCAAGCAUGGCAAAAUCUCUGUGUAUGACCUGUUUGGAAACGAAAGCUUAUUAAGAAAAUUUCACGUUUUACCUCAAGAGCAAUGCGAAGACCGAUCACUCUUCUCUUCAUUCGCCAACCAACUUACAAACAAAUCAAAUCUGGAAGAUAGUCUCUCAACCUUGCGUCCUCUUUUAGAUGAGGGAGAAGUAUACACGGACCCUGAACCGCCAACACUUUUUCAGGUUUAUAACUUGUUGAUUGCUCCCGUGAGUGACUUGCUAGAAGGAUCUGAAAUCAUUGUUGUUCCUGAUCGCUGCUUCUUCCAAGUUCCGUUUGCAGCAUUACACGAUGAAAGUAGCCGCUAUUUAUCAGAUUCUUUCAGGAUACGAAUUGUCCCUUCUUUGACGACUCUCAAGCUCAUUCUGGACAGUCCAGCCGACUCUCACAGCGAAACUGGUGCAUUGAUUGUGGGUGAGCCAAGAGUGACGGAUGUGUAUUUCAAGGGAGUGUUAAGGUAUCUCUGUCCAUUGCCUGGCGCGAAAGGGGAAGCAGAGAUGAUUGCGAGACUACUACCUAAAUCUCACCUUUUAAUAGGAAAGCAAGCAACAAAGCAGGCGGUUCUUCAAAGAAUACCCUCAAUGAGCCUCGUACAUUUCGCUGCUCAUGGUGAUGCCGAAAGAGGAGAAAUUGCUCUUUCCCCCGCUGACUCUACAGUGGAGUUUCCACACGAAGCAGACUACUUGCUGUCAAUGACCGACAUUUCACAAGUUAGACUGUCAGCCAAACUGGUGGUCCUUAGUUGUUGCCAUACCGCACGUGGACAGAUCAAAACAGAAGGCGUUGUCGGAAUCGCUCGAGCGUUCUUAGGAUCGGGUGCACGCUCAGUGUUGGUGGCAUUGUGGGCCUUACAAGACAGAGCAACAGAGGAGUUCAUGGGAAGAUUCUACGAAAACCUUGUCCAAGGGAAAAGUGCAAGCGAAAGUCUUCAUCGGGCCAUGAAGUGGAUGCGAAAUAAUGGUUUCUCAGAAGUGAGGCAGUGGGCACCUUUCAUGCUGAUUGGGGAUGACGUGUCAUUUCACUUUGGUGAAGAAAAGUGA